AUGUCUUUGACUGUGGAGACCCUCGUGGCCGUAGUCAAUGUCCUACAACUCGGGAUGGGGCUUGCCUUGAACAGUUGCAUUUUCGUUUUUAGCUUUCAAAACCUGAAGAACGGCCUCAGUGUCCAUCCAACCAAUCUGAUCUACUCCAUUAAGGGGCUGGUGAAUAUCUUCUUACAGUUGGUCCUGACGGCAGAAACUGUACUUAACAUCCUUUGGCCCCAUUUGUUUUUCAUCAGGGAAGUACAUUUAACGCUGGUCUUUCUGAUGCUGAGCCCGAUUUAUUACAACUAUUGGCUCACCGGCUGGCUCUGUGCUCAUUUUUGUGUGAACAUCUCCAGCUUCACUCAUAAGCUCUUGGUUGGCUUUAAAAGGCUCCUCUCUUCGUUCUUGCCUCGGGUUCUUCUACUAUCAGCAAUCGUCUCAUUUGUCAUGAGUGUUCUUAACAUCUGGGAAGUUCACAAAGUAUCUCAGGAAUGUCCUUCAUCUAACACUACCCGGGAUGCUGUCGUCUUUCUCAUGCCCGCAGCAUGCAGGUUGAUGGCCACAUUUCUGGGCUGCUGUCUGCCCUUCCUUCUAGCUCUGGUCUCCAUUGGAUGUACAACAUCCUCCCUUAUAAGACACAUCAUGAAAAUGAAACAGAAGUUCUCUGGAAACUCUUGUCCCAACCUUCAAGUCCUCAUCAACACAACAAAAACAAUGAUCUGGUUUCUAGCACUCUCCAUCAUCUCUUAUAUCAUCGGGCUUGUGUUGAUCAGUAGAAGUACAAAUAUCUCUUCAGAUAUGAUGAUGAUGAUCGGCUGCUUUUCAAUCAUGCCUUUUCCUUUAAUAGAAGCUGCUGUCAUUAUUCACGCCAUACCUAAACUGAGGAAGAUGAUUGUGGGAAAGGUCUGCCAGUGGAAACUGUGGUGUAAGGAGAAUGGAAAUUGCACUUAG